AUGUCAGGAAUAAACAAGCGAGCAUUAGAGAGAGACUAUAACUAUAGCACCUUCUGUCAAUGGACAGACGACGACUUCUACGAGUGGUCCAUUAGUCUGUUUGGCGAACAUACGGCCAAGGUGCUGAAGAAACAAGAGGUGAACGCAGAAGUGUUCUGUGACUACACGGAGGAUGAACUCAAGGCACUUGGAAUCUUGUCUGGGUCGAUAAAGAAGAUCAUCAAGUUCAUACCAUCGAUCAAGAAGGCGAUGGAGGAACACAUGGUGAUGAGCGACCCACGAUAUACCACGCCUGUGAAGGAGAACCAACUUGUCUUACGAGCACUCGCAGCGAACACUGGCAGGUCAACGAUACCAUUUACAGCAUCACCGAUCUCUAUCAUCAGUGAACUUCAGCAUGUCGGAUUCCCUAUCUUUUCGAGCGACUGUCAUCUGUUCACUGGCAUUGAUUACGACGACCGAGAGGGUCAAGAUUUGUUCAACAGGGGUGACAAUAUGCUCGAUACGAUCCAAGACUUGGAUAAUAAUCUACCUUACCAGAGUGCCAAUGGAAGGAACUAUGCGUCCCAUCGCCAUUGUCUCCAAGAGAUGUACUCUAACGAUGUCACACUGUUUAACGAUGGAAACAUUAUGAGACAGCAGAACCCCCUCAUCUUCCAAACCCUCGAUGAUGUCACCGGCACCCCCUUUGUCUCCUUCUCGUCUGGGUUUAGACAUGCUUUUAAGUACGCUGCGGGCAUGAAGAACUAUGGCGAGAAGUUGCCGCGCAUCGGGGACUAUAAUGGACUGGUUCCUGUCGACGCAGUUCUUGGCAAGUUGUUGGUCGCCAUGCUUGAUGUAAAUUAUACAGAGUAUAACACUCCAUACAACGUUGUACAGGCUCAUGCAGAUCACCUGAUCAAUGUACACAACCAUUUCAUGAAUAAUAUCGUCUCGGAAGACGAAGUGUCUUUGCCCGGCUACCUUCCUGGAGAGUGCAUUAUCAUGGAGAUGUUGGUCACAUUGCCAGAUCUCACAAAUGAAGAGAUGCCUGCAGUAUAUGCUCCUCGGUAUGGACUGACCAACAGAACCUAUACCAACUUCCGCAACAAGAUGAUCCUCCAUGCCAACAACCCUGAGGAACGACGAAAGUCAGUCAGGUACUACCUCGAUGGGAUGUCUGUUCACUUGACCAACGUGUCAUGUCACUUUGGAGGGCAACUCCAGGAUAUGGUGGCCCCCUACACUCUCUCCCACAGUUAA